AUGACUACCGCCCACAGACCCACAUUUGAUCCCGCGCAAGGGAAAGAGGCCCUCCGCGGCCCGGCAUACCACCAGCGACUUCUCCCGGCGCACACGCACCUAAAGACUCGACAACUCGGACAAGGCGGCGAAAACGAAUCCCAGCAACGCGACCUGCGCGCCGAACUGCUCCAGGCCGAAGCCGCUCACUUCGCUAAGAAGAACGGUGUCCCUGUCGAUACGCCCGCCCUUGAGAAUGCCGCGCCGAAACGUCAGCUAGAAGGAGCGCCGACCAGUGAAGAGGGACUAGAGGAAGAAGACCCGGAAGCGAAACGGCGGCGAAUAUUAGAAGAAACGCGAGAUAUUGAUGCAGAUUCGGACGGGUCAGAAGAAGACAGUAGUGAUGAUGACAGUGAUGACGACGAGGACGAGGCUGCCGAGUUAAUGCGAGAGCUGGAGAAGAUCAAAAAAGAGCGACAGCAGCAGAAAGAGAAAGAGGAACAAGAACGCGCCGCUGAGGAGGAGGAGCAGCGGGAGGUGGAUAUUGCGCGAGGCAAUCCCCUGCUGAACGCCCAGGACUUCAACUUGAAGCGGAGAUGGGACGAUGACGUCGUUUUCAAGAACCAAGCUCGGGGGACCGAGAACAAGGGCAACAAGGAAUUUGUCAACGACUUGCUGCGAUCUGACUUUCACAAGCGCUUUAUGUCCAAAUAUGUCCGGUAG